AUGGUAGUUCCUGGACUGACGAACAAUAUUUUCAGGAAGCUGUGGGUCUUCGAUAUUAUCUCUGUUGCUGAGGAAUAUAUUGGUGCUAUUCUUGGUAGUCCUUUACCUGCUUACCAAAGCUAUAAUCCUGAUCUUAUGCCAGGUGUUGACACUUUCUUUUCAACUGUUACAUUUCGAUACGGUCAUAGUGAAUUAAGUGAUUUUUACCGAAUUCAAGAUGAAUAUGGUGAUACUCUUUAUAAUUUAGCUUUAAAUAAUAUUAAAAAUCUCACACUCUUGGAGAGCCUUGGUUUAGAAAGAGUACUUUGGUCUAUGAUUCUUCAACGUCAGGAAGAAGUUGAUGUCUUUUUUGCAGAUUCGACUAAAAAUAUUAAUGCUCCUGAUCACCAUACCUACGAUUUAGCUGCUUUUGACGUUCUAAGAAGUAGAGAUCGUGGCAUUCCUUUAUAUAAUGUGGUUAGACAAUAUUUUGGUUUUCCUAGUGCUCAGUCGUUUGCUGACAUUUCCUCCAAUCCUACCAUUCAAGCAAACUUGGCUAAAAUUUAUCCAAAUGGAAUCGAGACCGUAGAGGCGUGGGUUGGUGUGAUGAGUGAAGAUCAUUUAAAUGGUUCAAACUUUGGCAAGGUUAUGAAUGCGAGUAUGGUGAUGCAGAAACCUAAUAUGUUUACUGCUGAAGAACGAAAAAUUAUACGAAAUACAACACUCCGAAAUAUCAUCACUCGUAACAUCAAUCCAAAUGUAACCUUCCCUCAAAAUAUUUGGGCCGUCCAACCUCAAAUAAAACUUAACAGUAGUGAUGAUAAUAAUUAUCCAAGCAAGAUUAAUGUUUGGACUCAAUAUAUUAUUAGUUAUAGGGGGUUUGGUCCAGAUGAUGAUGGAAUGAAAGGUGCUGAAUUUAUCAUUGGAAUUGUUACUAAUGGGAAUGUCACAUUAGGAAAUUACCAUGCUGAUGUAGGUGGUUACCAUCCUCCCCUUCGAGAUUCUAAUCAAGAUCCUACUCUCGUACCAAAAUUUUCCAUGUCUGAUUCAAAAGCUGUGACAGUAGAGUUCAAAAGACUCCUCAAUCCACCAGGAAAAAAACCAAUUAUUCAUGGUGAUAUGAAAUGUGGGAUAUUAAAAUUUUUAUUUUUCGUUACUUUUAUACAUCAUAAUCAACACCUUAAAAUUCAUCGGUUUAUACAAUUGUUGGGUGGUAUUUCAGUUUCAACAUUUGGUGCUGCGGCUAUUUCUACUAUGGUUACGACACAAACGCCACAUGCUUGGCUGGGUUUGUUCAUAUAUACUUUGGCAUUCAUUGAAUUAGGCCUUGGUAUAAUUGCUUUAUGGGGACAAAUGUCUGUAGUAUCAGUUAAUAAGGAAUUGACACUUAUUGCCUCUCUUAUGGCUAGUAAGUAUGAUACUUCCAAUAUAACUUUCUACGUAUUUAUCAUUGCUGACUUUGAAAUUUUUAUUGCAAUUAGUGAUUCGCUUGGAUGGAAAAUUGCUUACUGUUGUUGGAUAUUAGUAAUACUUUGCGCUUUCCUAAUUGGAGAACUUUGGUGGCAUUUUGAAGAAUUUGAUAAUAAAUUCUUUCGUAUUAAAAAAGAUGAGACCAAUGCCGAGAAAAAAACGAUGAUGCAUGCUCAUAUUAAUCAUCAAGAUUAUAUUAAAUUACCCGAGUUUACUUGGGAAGAAAUUAAUGAACGAGUUCAACGUGGGGCUCAAUUGGUAGUUUGUGAUGGACUUGUGAUAGAUAUCCACACUUGGUGUGAUUCUCAUCCAGGAGGGAGUCAAAUAUUAUUACAAGUUAUUGGAACAGAUAUUACGAAUGACUUUUACAAUACGCACAAGAACGAAGAAAUUGUUGAAGAUAUAGACAGUCCAAAAGCUUUAUUGAUUCCAAAGGAUACACCUUCUGGAAACCAGUCAUCUGCGCUUGCAAAAUAUGUAACACACCUUCAAGGAAAGUCAGCACCUCAAAAAAGACUCUCAGCUGCCCAAUUUAUUGACAACAUUAAUACAAAAUUCUAUUUAAGGAAACCGUUGGCACAACAUACUCAUAGUAGAUUUGCCACACAGAAAAUGGCAACAUUGGUUAUAGGGAAAAUGAGUGAAAAAAUAAGCGAAAAAGGACUUUUAGUUCCGAGUAAUGAAUCUAUUUAUCAAAAUCCAGAAAAUGAUUCUGUAGAAAUUGAUAAAGCAUUGAUUAGUGCCCCAAAAAUCACCAAAUUUCAUCGUUAUAAGCUUACAAGCAAAAAAAUGGUUAAUACAAAUGUGAAAUAUCCUGUGAUAAGAUUUACAUUUUCCAAAGUACAUCAAGGCGCGAAAGAUGUUAGCACAGAAAAGUUUUUGCCUGGACAUUACAUUGAAGUGCAAUCUAGAGUAAAUUGUCAAAUUUUGAUUAGAAGUUACACUCCUUUGGAAGGUAGUUUAUCCAAGUCAUUUUCCAUUUAUGUAAAAAUUUAUCCAAAGGGGCUCUUUUCACAGCAUUUGAAUAAUCAGUUGAUAGGAUACGAAAUUCAAGCACGUGGCCCAUUUGAUGUUAGUGAUAGACAAAGGUCAUAUGUUGCACCUACAGUAACAGUAACAAGUCCAUAUGUUGCACCAACAUUAACAAAUCCAUUAAGUCAGGGAACGAAUAUUCUUUUACCCACAAGACCUUCCGCUAAAUUUACUGAAACAAAGACUACUUUAUUAAAUCCGGAUAGUCCGGAUGGUUGCUGGGACGAGUUAUAUAUGAUUGCUGGUGGUACGGGGAUAACACCAAUGUUACAGUUAAUCAAGUAUUAUUUGGAGCGGUCAAUUAAACAAAAAGAUCAAUAUAUUAGUUAUAAACGAAUGCAUUUAUUAUUUGGAAACCGUAAAAUUGAAGAUGUUAUCGAUGGUAUAUUACUUGAAGAUCUUUCACUUUCAAGUAGAGGACAACUUACUGUAACGUACUGUCUCUCAGAACCACCUUCAGAUUGGGAGGGUUUGCGAGGAAGAAUUAAUCAAAAAAUCAUACAUGAUUGGAUCAACAUAAUGAAAGGUGUACUCCUCGAAUCAAACAACGCUCAGUUGAUAGCAGAAAAUAAUAAUUACAGGAGUAUUCUUCAGAGUCAUUCUGUACGUCAUGGCGCAAAUGAGCCGAGCGUGAGUCCUUUGCCAAUUAUAAGCCCUCAAUCACCACCACCUAUGCAGCCACAAUCUCAUGAUGAUUAUCGUGACGACAGUACAAUUUAUACGGGACCUAGGCCAGGGUCACAAGCAUCAAGAAAAUUUAGAUCAUCUAAAAACAUUGAUAUAGAUUUAGCCAAUUGUGGAAGAGGUGAUGAUCUGAUACAAGGAAAGAUUGUUGUUUGUGGUCCCCCUGAUAUUUUAUUAUUAUAUGGGUUUGAUGUAAAUAUCUAA